CUCUCUUGAUCCAUUCCUAUGAGCCCCGCGCUCUAGCGCCGCGCAGCGCGCGCUUUCGGUUGGCAUUUUGGGGCCAAUGGGCGCGGACAGGCUGCUAGUUCUGUGCCUGGCGCUCGCCGCCGCGGCGGCGGCGGCGGCCGCGGGGCAGCGGCCGAGCGCGGUGUCCGUGGGCGCGCUCUUCACCUACGACUCGACCAUUGGCCGCGCGGCGCAGCUCGCCAUCGAGCUCGCCGUCGACGACGUCAACGCGGACGCCACCGUGCUCGCCGGGACCAACCUGAAUUUGAUCACCCAGGACACCAACUGCAGCGGGUUUCUUGGAACCAUCGAAGCAUUGGAACUAAUGGAGAAAAACGUGGUUGCUGUCAUUGGCCCACAAUCAUCUGGAAUAGGCCAUGUCAUCUCACAUGUUGUUAAUGAGCUCCAUGUUCCACUUCUAUCAUUUGCAGCAACAGAUCCAACCCUAUCUGCAUCGGAGUAUCCUUACUUUCUAAGGAGUACCAUUAAUGACUACUUCCAGAUGCACGCUGUUGCUAGCAUUGUUGAUUACUUCCAAUGGAAAGAGGUGACUGCUAUAUUUGUUGAUGAUGAUUAUGGGCGAGGUGGGGUCUCGGUACUCGGAGAUGCACUUGCAGCAAAGCGGGCAAGAAUUUCGUAUAAAGCAGCCAUUCCUCCAAACUCAGACACAGAUGUGGUCAGUGAUGUACUCUUUAGAGCAAACAUGAUGGAAUCAAGGGUGUUUGUUGUGCAUGUUAAUCCUGAUACAGGGAUGAAGUUAUUUUCUACAGCUAACAAGCUUCGGAUGAUGGCCAGUGGCUAUGUCUGGAUAGUAACCGAUUGGCUAGCUGCUGUCCUGGACUCAUCAAAAUCUAGCGACCGUAAUGACAUGAAUUAUAUACAAGGGAUAAUUGUUCUUCGUCAGCAUACUCCUGAUUCUGUUGCCAAGUCGAAGUUCAUAUCUAAAUGGAAUAAUAUGGCUCGUAAUAGGAGCAUUGAUUCGGCCUUGAAUUCAUAUGGCUUUUAUGCAUAUGACUCAGUUUGGACUGUUGCCCAUGCUAUCGAUCGAUUUCUCGAUAGCGGCCAGCAGAUUAAUUUCUCUGUAGAUCCAAGGUUGCACGACUCAAAUGGAAGCACUUUGCGUCUAUCAACUCUUAAGAUAUUUGAUGGUGGUGAGCAGUUGCUACAGCAACUUCUACUCACAAACAUUACAGGCCUAACAGGUCAGGUUCGGUUUGACUCAGACCGUAAUUUGGUACAGCCAGCUUAUGAUAUCCUUAACGUUGGUGGUUCUGGUUCCCGUUUGAUUGGAUAUUGGAGCAAUUACUCUGGCCUUUCUGUUGCUUCUCCUGAAAUUUUGUAUCAGAAGCCACCAAAUAGGUCAACAAGUGCCCAGCGGUUGUACAGUGUGGUUUGGCCUGGCGACAUUACCACUAAGCCUAGGGGGUGGGUUUUCCCAAACAAUGGCAAGCCUCUCAGAGUUGGUGUUCCAAAUAAACCAAGUUUUAAGGAGUUGGUGUCAGGUGGCAAAGGCCCUGAUAAUGCGAGCGGGUACAGCAUUGAUAUAUUCAACGCAGCAAUUAAACUGCUUCCUUACCCAGUUCCUUGCCAAUUCAUAGCAAUUGGGGAUGGUAUAAAUAAUCCUAACUAUGACGACAUUAUUAACAGGAUUUCCACCAAUUCCCUUGAUGCAGCUGUAGGCGACUUUGCCAUUGUGAGAAAUAGAACGAAGAUUGCAGAGUUCACACAGCCUUAUAUCGAGGCGGGACUCGUGAUAGUAGCACCAGCAAGACGAGCAAAUUCAAGUGCCUGGGCUUUCCUUAAACCUUUCACAGUAGAGAUGUGGUGUGUAACAGGUGCUCUUUUUCUUUUUGUGGGAGUAGUUGUUUGGAUUCUUGAACAUCGAACUAAUGAGGAGUUUCGAGGCUCUCCACGACAACAAGUCCUGACAAUAUUUUGGUUCAGUUUCUCGACAAUGUUCUUUGCUCACCGACAGAACACCGUAAGUGCUCUUGGGCGUUUUGUACUGAUCAUAUGGUUGUUCGUCGUGCUGAUCAUCAAUUCAAGCUACACCGCUAGCCUGACGUCAAUCCUCACAGUCCAGCAACUUGCAACCGGAAUAACUGGGCUUGACAAUUUGGUUGCAAGCGCUUUACCUAUCGGAUACCAGGCUGGAAAGUUUGUCAGAAAUUACCUGAUUGAUGAGCUGAAUAUUCCUGAAUCCCGGUUAGUACCAUUGAGCACGAUUCAGGAGUAUGCUGAUGCCCUUAACCGUGGGCCCAAAAACGGCGGCGUUGCUGCAAUUGUUGAUGAGAUGCCAUGUGUUGAGAUCUUUCUGUCAUCUCACUGCAAGUUCAGAAUAGUCGGCCAGGAGUUCACGAAGGAGGGAUGGGGAUUUGCAUUUCAGAGAGAUUCUCCCCUUGCUGCGGACUUAUCGACCGCUAUCCUCCAACUCUCAGAGAGCGGCCAGCUCCAGAGAAUUCACGACGAGUGGUUCACAGAUCCAAGCUGCGGCUCUGAGGACAGCGGGCUGGGAGCAGUCCAGCUUAGCCUCGGAAGCUUCUGGGGCCUUUUCCUAGUGUGUGCUCUGAUAUGCACCUUAGCUCUCAUGGUUUUUUUCGGGCGAGUCUGCUGGCAGUACAGCAGGUACUCCAACUCUAAAGCUGAUGGUGAGCCAGGUGCCGCUGCCGCUGUCACCACCGCUAUUGUCUCUGAAAUGCAGCCGUCGAAGCCAAGGCCGACGCGCCUCGGCAGCUUCAAGGAACUGAUGCAGUUUGUCGACACGAAGGAGGAGGAGAUCAAGAAGGUGAUGAAACGGAGAACAGGCGAGAAAGAUAACGGAGCCGGCGGAUCCUCACACGGCCGCUCUAUCUCUUCAGCAUAGAAGGUUCUCGUGGAUUUCGGUCUCUUCAGGCAGCAUAGAAGGUUCUUGCAGAUUUUCGGUUUUUCAGAUGACAAAAGCCACAUAUUCUCCUUACACAGCCAAGACACGGCAUAUACCGAAGUAGAUAACAGCUGUAUACCUGUAACAGGAUUCGGAAAUCCAUUUUGUUUGUAAGGGUCAUUGGAAUUCUGUCUCCGAUAACAUUUUUUUAAUUAUUAAUAUUUCUGAUA